AAGGAAAAUUCCUUCGAUGUCAGCCUAUUUCAUUUUUCUUUUAAUUUGCCUUUUUUUUUUAAAUAAGAGCUACUAUGUCUACGCGUACUUUAUUAUUAUUGGGUGUUUGCCUACCUUGUGUUAAGCGAAAUACUUCGAAAAUACGUAUACGGCGUAUGGAACUGGAUACGAAUCUGAAUAUGUAUUUCAAAAAGGAUGAAUUUUUAUUUGCGCAUGAUCCCGAAAAGAUGUGCAAAACUGGAGAUGUCGUUCUGAUACGCGAAUUAGCGCAACGCUUAACAAGACUGACAACGCAUAAGGUUGAAAAGGUUGUUUAUUCCUUAGGCGAUAUAACCGAUCCUAUAACGGGAAAAAAAGUGGUUUUAGGCAAAUAUCGCGACGAUAUAGAAGAAGCAAAUUGCUUAUUUGGCAAAUCAACCAAAGGGUUCGAUUAUAGUAAGUCACUCCCACGUGGACGUUUGGUAGAUACGAAGGAUUUUACGCAUGGUGAAACCUAUAUUAAGUAUCAUGAAGAUGGUACAGAACAACCAUUUGCGAUCUAAGCUAGAACAAGAAAUGUAGAUACGGUUUUCGUAAUUUCAAUAAAAAUUAUGUUUUGCGGUAUUAAGAAGAUGACUAAAGAACUUCUCUUUGAACUUGCACUUUUCCCUACCUAAAAAAAGUAAGUAGGCGUAAAGAAACGCGGGAGAUGCUGGAAUGUUUGAAAGAAAUAUUUAGA